AUGGAUAUACUGUUGUGUCAAGCUACCGCCGUCCAGCUGGACAUCGACGCGCUGCACGUCGUCGGCAGCUCUCCAGCCAUGGUUGGCGUAGCUCUCGUCGGCAAGGCCAGCACCAGCAGUGAGGCCAGACUCGACAAGUGA